GGCGCAUACGAGGAUACGAGAAGCGAAAACGCGUGUGCUGUGCCGAUCGCUGUGUAAAUUCUGCAGAGAAAGUAGUGGUUUCCUCAGUGCAUACGACACAUCACAGGGUGCAAAGUGUACAGGGUAAAAUUUAGACACACCCCAAAGUCCACACAGCGAACGUGUGCAAUGAUCUAGUGUGCGUUUGUGUGCUUUCGCGUUUGAGGGUGCCGUGGACGAUCGCCAGUGAUAGAAGCAAGUGCAUGGGACACCCCUUUCCGGUUCAAAAAUUUCGCCCGGUGAAUUUAAUGGAAACGGGUCUCGAGAGGCCCGACUUGGCGGGUUUUAAAAACAAUCAAGCUGGAACUCAUGGAACUAGAAAACAUAGUUGCGAAUACAGUUUAUCUAAAAGCGAGAGAGGGUGGUUCCGAUAAUAACAAGGGAAAGAGCAAGAAGUGGAGGAAGAUACUGCAGUUUCCGCACAUCUCGCAGUGUAUCGAACUUAUCAACAAAUUAGAUGUGCGUUACGAGUAUGUGGUGGACCAUCAACCUAUUGGAAAACUCCUCUUCGACCAGUGGUGCGAACACAAGGGUCCGGCUUACCACCGCUGCCUCAAAUUCCUCGACGCCGCCAAAAGAUAUGAAGUCGAGAACGACGAACAGAGGCUCGAGCUGGCAAACAUCAUCAAGAAGGAGUUUUUGGUCGGACAGGAGGGACAAGAGGGGAUUUCUCUACCAGAGGUUGGAUUUGCCCUUUCCUCGUGCGACAAACUCACCAAUGGCCACAAGGACCUAUUCGCGCCUUGUGUCCAAGCCGUCAAAGAAAGCCUGGCUGGGGAACCGUUCAAGGAGUUCACCAAGUCGCUGUACUUCCACCGAUACCUGCAGUGGAAGUGGCUUGAGGCGCAACCGGUCACGUACAAAACCUUCAGGAUGUACAGGGUGUUAGGCAAAGGAGGGUUCGGAGAGGUGUGCGCGUGUCAGGUGCGAGCGACCGGCAAAAUGUACGCUUGCAAGAAGCUGGAAAAGAAACGCAUCAAGAAGCGCAAAGGGGAAGCGAUGGUCCUCAUCGAGAAGCAAAUUCUCCAGAGGAUCAACUCUCGUUUCGUCGUCAAUUUGGCGUACGCGUACGAGACGAAGGACGCCCUCUGCCUCGUCCUCACCAUCAUGAACGGCGGCGAUCUCAAGUUUCACAUCUACAACAUGGGCGGAGAGCCGGGGCUGGACGUAGCCAGGGCGAGGUUCUACUCCGCUGAGGUGGUGUGCGGGUUAGAUCAUCUCCACCAGCAGGGCAUUGUAUAUAGGGACUGUAAGCCAGAAAAUAUUCUUCUAGACGAUACAGGUCACGUAAGGAUCUCAGAUUUAGGUUUAGCUGUAGAUAUUCCGGAAGGAGAGUCUGUUAGAGGUAGAGUUGGAACCGUAGGAUAUAUGGCUCCCGAAGUAAUCGACAAUGAGCGAUACACUUACAGCCCGGACUGGUUUAGCUUCGGCUGCCUCCUCUACGAAAUGUUAGAGGGUCAGGCCCCAUUCCGAGCCCGGAAAGAGAAGGUAAAGCGCGAGGAGGUCGACAGACGCGUGAAAACCGAACAGGAAAAGUACUCCAACAAGUUCAGCGAAGAAGCGAAAUCUCUGUGCCAACAGUUGCUUGCGAAGAGCCCGCACCAGCGGCUGGGCGGUAAGGCGGGACGAGGGGGCGCUUGCCUCGUGAAGCAACAUCCUUUUUUCUAUCCUCAUAUCAAUUGGAGGCGGCUGGAGGCGGGGAUGAUCGAUCCUCCUUUCGUUCCAGAUCCUCACGCAGUGUACGCAAAGGACGUGCUAGACAUUGAACAAUUUUCGACAGUGAAAGGUGUAAAUAUAGACGAAAGUGAUGCGACUUUUUAUAGUAAGUUCAACACGGGUUGUGUGUCGAUACCUUGGCAAACGGAAAUGAUUGAGACGGACUGUUUUCGGCAGUUGAAUGUGUUCGGCCCCAACGGUUCCAGAACGCCCGACCUAGUUUUACAACCUAUAGCAAUUUCAGAAAAUGAAGGCUGUUUUCCAUUUAGGCGGAAGAAAAAGCAACUGCCUCGGACUCAACCGAUACCGAUCAACCCUACCCUGUUACCUCAACUGUUGGAGAGAUGAUGACUUACUUAACCCCUCUCGAUAUGUGUCAUUCUCUCUUUCUUCAUCUCAUCCCCCGUCUUCCCCUCUCACACAAGCGCAAAUGCGGAUCAUGCUCCUCAAUGCAGAAUCGCUCCGGUGUAUGUAAUUUUUAGUGUUAGAAUUGCGCAAGAGUUCCAAAAACGUAUUGACAUGACGGUUCUUUGGUUUAUGUAAUGUGUUAUUCCUAGUACGUAGUUUUUUUGUGAGGUAUUUCUUUUUUGGGCCAUACUUUCUUCGUAACUCUUGAGAUAUCAAAACAAUUCUGACUUUGAAAGAGUCGGUUUCACUGAUUCAAUAUAUUUUAUUAUACAGGAGUACCCAAAUUUCUGUUGAAGCUUGGGGGAUCUUGUAAGAGGUAGAAAAAGUACCUACUAUUAAAUGAUAAAAAAAAUCGACUCUUACCUUUUUGGUUCUGAAAUUGAAUGGAAAAAACGGAAAAUUUUUCAAUACUACUUUUUAUUGCAUCUCCUUCACUUACAGAGAUGUUGGAAAUCAUUUUCGCUCAAUAAGAACUAUCAUAACUACCAGAAUAUCAGAAUUUUCAUAAAUAAUAUCGCCCAACUUGACCUACCAUCCUUUUGAAGAAAAAAAAAUAUUGGGAAUUAAAUUUAAAUCUGUUUCGAAAUCCGUUCUUCCGUUAACCAGAUUAACGAGGUCAUACCUUUCGACGUGCGAUGCCUAGCAUGGGUAUCACAGCUAAUUUUUUUGAUUCAGGCGUCUUGGAACAUCCAGAGGUUUAUGAAAAUCUUCAGCAUUCAUGUUACGUCUCCUAUUCUAGCACAAUAUACCAAAAGACCAUUGAAGCAUAUGAAAACAAUUUCAAUCGACAUUACAGAUAAAAUGGGCUGGUAUUGACUUCAUCCUGUAAAUAGAUUUGAGACGGAAUGUAGGAUUUUGUUUGAAAAAUACACCAAAUGAAACAUAUCAGCAAAAAAGAUAUUCAAUUUAAUUUUUCCAGUAUUCUCGUAUCUAAAAUGAUGAAAGUUGUAUAUUCCAGAUAUCAAAAAUGAAAAUUUGAUACUGAAAAAGUAGAAUUAGGAAUCCACUUUCGGUGGUAUUUUUUAUUCCCUUGAAUUUUUCGAAUAACGUUGAAAAUUUAUCAGGAUCUUAGGUUGAAUUCAUUUGCAGGAAGUCGACAUCAACUUAUUUUUUGCAAACACAGAUAUUUUUCACAUUUGUAGUCACUUAACAACGUGGUACCUAAACAUAAGUUUUUUCAAACUUCUUGAUUUCAAUGAUAAAAACCUCAUUGGAAAUAGAUCCUUGGAAUACCAACACAUUUCACUUAUUUCGUAGUUCAUUUCUUGAAUAUACGGAAGUGCAAAAGUGCCACAUUAUAUUAUUAUUCGUUUCUUGGAAAUUACGACUUUGAAACUCGAUAUUUCUACGUUACUCUUGACUGAAAGACAUGCCUGAAGAAGCUACUGUACCCCGAAAUCUGUUUUGUGCUUUUGUAAAACUGUUUAGUGAAAAUCUCACAAUAAAGCGUUUCUGAAAUAUAUUUUCAAACUCUAAACAUCGUCAUUGAAGACAUUAAGUGCGAUAUAUGAGAAUUUGUUGAAACUUCAAGAAAAGGACGAUUGACAUUGCCGUACGCUGAAGUUCGAUCUAUCAUCUUCAAAAACAGAUAAAUUGUUAAGGAACACGUUUUUGAAACUCUUGCACUCGAUUAAGCACAAGCAACAUCAUGGUAGAUGACAUUUUUUCACAUUUUUUUUACGAUAUACCAAAUGAUUUUUACAAAUUCAAUUAUGUGAUGUUAUACUUAUAUACCUCUUUGAAAGAAGUGAGAUUAUUUUAUAGAUCAUCUGCUAUGAUGGAUAACAGUUAGUUACGGGUUUAGAAGAUCACACAAAAGUAGGGUGUGAUGGCCGACUUUGUACAAUCUGGAUUUUUUGUGGCUCCGUUCGGUUUGCUGGAUAAUUUUUGGUCGGAACGUGUGAAUUCGGCCAGUACACAAAAAUGAAUGUCGGUUUCUCAUUCCACAAUCACAAUUUACUGUAAACAGAAUAUCUAGAAUUGAUGUAUUUGAAAAAAGACCAUUAUAUUGUUUAAAUACGAAA